AUGAAGAAACUUAAUGAGCUAACCGAGUUGUUCAUACUCGAAAAACAACCGCGAAUCAUGAAAUUUAAGGAAGGUGUAGCGGUUAUUUGGAAGAGAAACAAGACAGAGGAAAACACUUUGAGGAGAGUUCGCUCUGAAAGCAGCUUACGGAGCGAGACGAAACUGUUACCUUACAAUGAAAAUGAAGAAAAAGGUUGUGAAGGAAAGGAACUGUCAACUAAAACAACUGCGACAUACCGAAGAACUGUACGAGUUCAGCACAGUCCUGUACGAACAAGAACUGAAAUUGUUCCUGUGAAAUCUUGUAUUCGUCACGAGCAACAAGACACUACAGCGAGCCCAACUCAAAUCUGCAAACGGGUCACAUUUUCGAUAUACGCCUUGAUUCUUUCCGCUGCAAGCCAGGACUCGGUUUCUGAACUGAAAGAACUGUUGGAUAAAAAGCCCUCUUAUCUUAACAAGCCAAGCUCGUCCGGAGAAACAGCACUUCAUAAAGCGGCUGCGAAGGGCAAUUUGGAGUGUAUCAAGCUGUUAGUACAACGAGGAGCUGAUGUCAAUUUGCCGGAUAAGCAAGGACGAACACCACUCCUUUUAUCGUGGGCGAACGGACAUUUUGAAUGCCACAAACUUAUGUUAACAUCCUUGAAGGAGAGUGAUAAAGAUUCGCCUGAAAGAAGUUUUUAA